UUACGGCCCAGUUCGGCCCAAACUCUUACCGCGAGUGAAACCCUAGCACGCAGCACCUAUAAAAUUGCACUCACGCCGCUUCCGCCCAAGCCCUAGAAGACCCCUGCCUCCUUGCGCCUCCACCCUUCCUUGCCGCCUCUCUCCCUCUGAGACCGCAGAUCCGUUCGGUGAGAGGAAGCCGCCCGCCCCCAUGUCGUCCAGCGAGGUCGCCUGCACCUACGCCGCCCUCAUUCUCCAUGACGAUGGCAUCCCCAUCACCGCCGACAAGAUCGCGGCAGUCGUGAAGGCGGCUAACAUCAAGGUGGAAUCGUACUGGCCGGCACUCUUCGCCAAGCUCCUGGAGAAGCGCAGCGUCGAUGACCUAAUCCUCUCCGUAGGAUCUGGUGGAGGUGCUGCUCCAGUUGCUGCGUCUGCUGCUGCCCCGGCUGCUGGUGCAGCGGCUGCCGCUCCAGCUGCUGAAGAGAAGAAGGAGGAGGCUAAGGAAGAAUCUGACGAUGACAUGGGCUUCAGCCUGUUCGACUGAGGAGCCACAAGCCCAGUUACUAUCAAUUUCUCUUACGCUGUCCAAGACUAUCAAUGCUAUGCCUUUAGGAUUUUAUUACAAGUUGAGUUUUUGAGAUGUGGUAUGGCUGUGAUGAAGAACCGCAAACCUACUUGGAUGGUCUUAUUGGAAUGAAACUUGUUUCUAUAUUCUUGUA